AUGUCAUCAUGUCCCCUUCGUCCUAGACGACGUCCGCUAUCGACUGAGAGCUCUGGUCCUUCUUCCACACUGCCAAUCGAGAUUCCCAAGUUCGAAGCACGAGUCACUGAACUUGGUGCUUUGACGCCAAAUCGGAUUUCCUUUAUCGAGCGUCUGAAGGUUGACCACCUGGAAGAUACUCCUUCACCACUCAGAGAUCUGGAAAAGGGAUGGAAGGAUACUAGAAGAAGAAGGCUUGAAGGGGACAAGAGGUUGAUGGAAGCUAGAAGCCAAUUACCGGGUGGCAGACCUGUAUCUAAUACGAAAGGCAAGGGCUUCAAGGAAAAUAACGAAUAUCGUUCAUCCAGCAAUCAAAACAAUGUACGGUUCACCACGUUCUCGACUUCCGCUCCGUUGACUCCACCGACCACACCACCGCAUUCUCCCAGGUGCUCCUCGAAUCUCUUCCCUAAAAACUCUGAUGAAGUCGUCAUAAUCCCUGUUCCCGAUCAACCUAUCCGGACAACCAUAGAGAUCCCUCAGGCAGCUGUACGUCGACCGACUACUACCCUUGCGCGACUCACUCCUCAACAGGUAUCAAAGCCGACCAUCCAUCCUAUCCUGGCGUAUCCUCUUCCACCUACCCCCCGCCCUGUGCCCCUAAUCCAAGGCAAGAUUGAUACUAUAUAUAUCUUGACUUCAUCAUCCCCUUUCGAGCUAAUCCUGCUGCUGGAUGGAGGAAAGCGAAUCAAAAUACUUCGCGGGGGAAGAGCAAUCCAGACAUCCACCGAAGCAAAAAAAGACGGACAAAGAGUACUUGACUUAGCAAAUACGGCUGAUUGGACUAAAAAGGAUGAGAGGGAUUGGGAGAACGUCAGAGCUAUCGUUGAAAGAUUCAAGAGAAUCACCACAAACGUCAAGAUGUAUCACUCGCUAGGCAACCUGUCGAUUACUUGUUCAUCGCCUUCCGAUCUAAUACUGAGUUUCCAAGUUGAUUCAGACCCUUUGAGUAGAAUCUCGCCAAAACGCACAUAUGAAACGACUUUUACUGGGAAGAGAAAUGUAGUGGGAAAUGGAGAGAUCAAAGUCCGACUAGUUUACUCAAGACUGAUCUCCGAGUGCAGAAUCGAUACUACUACAGUAUUGAGAGACAGAAGACACGACGAGAAAUUAAGGACUAAACGGAUUGUCGCUGUAUCCCAAAGCCUCGGUCGACUGCAUUACGCUAAGUUAGGCCGAACAGAUAUUGAAGAUGUAGGAAUACACUUGGGACUGUUGAGCAAUUUCAUAGACUGGAGGGAAGAAGAGAAGGAGGCCGUUAGGAGGUUGUGGGCCUUGAAGGACGAAUGGCAAAAGUUGGAAGUUAGAUAA